AUGGAAUCACCGAAAGACGUCAUGCUGACUGCGACUCCGACGGCAGCGUCGUCCUAUGGGGAGCCCCCCGCUCCGCGGACGCGGUUAAUCGGCGCGGGUAACGUCCACAGGGGCUCCAGGUCCUACAGUAUCCAAAGCUUUGGGCGGCGCAGUUCGCGUGAUGCAACGCCGCUCGAGAAGCAGCCGACGAUCCGGCGGUUUCAGAUCGACGAGCAGCAGAUAUUCGGCUCGACCGGCCUGCUCAUGCCGCUCUACCUGUCUCCCCUCAUCUACCAGGGGACUCCGGAGAGUCUGUGCCUGUACUCGGUGCUGCUGCCACUCUGCUGGUGGGCCACGGGAUCGAUUCCCCGCUGCGUGGCCGCACUGGCACCCAUGGUGACGCUGCCCGUGCUGCAAACCAUGAGCGCCGACGACGCGGCUGCCGCCUUCCUCACGCCCGCGUCACUGGGGCUCUUCAUCGUCCUGGCCAUCACGACGGCGGGUUACUCAAGCGGCAACAUGAUCCCCAGGCUGAGCUUCACAGUGUGCAGCAAAUACGGACUCCAGGUCGUGCCGCUGUUCCUGUGGUUGGCGGCGGUGACGUACGUGACGUCACUGUUUGUGCCCAAGGCCGUGGUGGCCGUGCUGCUGAACCUGGUCGUUGACAAGAUCCUCAGCUGCAUUCACCACUGCGAGCUCGACAAGACGCUCAUCGAGCAGCAGGACCAAAGAGAGGAGCCGGAAAAACCGUCCCCACAGCCAGUUCAAACCCGCCAGGCCUCCGUAACUUCGAUCGAGACGGAGCGGCUGCUUGCUGAGUUGGCCGAAGUCGUCGUUCAACUGGACCACGAGUGUGCCGACUGCAAAAAGAUACACAAGGGCUCGUGCCGUCCCCCGGAACCUCAACGAGAAAAGUGGGAGAUCGAGGAGCCGCCACUUCCGGCUCCUCCUACUCGACGGCAGCCCUCGUUGGUCUCUGGGAAUGCGUCCAGGAGGCGGCGCAGCUACGGGAACUCCAGCACCGGUUCCCCUGGUGCAUUCUCUCCAACAAGCACAACGGAACAGCGCUACUCUUCCUUGAAUCUGCGCCUCUACCAGAUCAAGAAGGAAGGAAAGUCUGCACUCGACAGUUGCGCGGAACAUCUUACUGCGCAGCAGCAGAGCGCGUCGCCUGCCCCUCGAAGCGGCGUACCGGGCUGCUCCACGCAAUCCACGCCUUGCGCCGAAGUGAUUUCCAACCGCUCCGUGAGUGCAUCGCCGUCUCCUUGCAAGGCCGGCACAGACCAGAAGGGCGCUGCUGCGUGUCAGAAGCAGGCUAGCGCUAGCUGCCUUAGCUCGGGCGCCACGUCCACCUUCGAGCAAUCGGUGGUCAAGAAAACUGUCGCCUCGCAAGGAACCAAGGAACAAGGAACCAAGAACAAGGAGGAGGCUGUCGAGCGGACCGCUGCUGACGGAGGUGCCGACAAGGGCAAACACGAGCGGGACAAGGGCGGCGCCGUCAGUUCGACAUCGAAGAAGAAGAAAAAGCGCUCUCGGCACACCAAGGUGCCGCCCAACCCCAAUGAACCAGCCACGGUGGCAUCACCAAAGCGCCAGCGCAAGCGAGCUCACAUCGGGGACAAGGAAAACGUCAUCGAGAUUUCCCGAGACAACCUCGAUUCGAAAGCCGACCCGGUAUCGGUGACGCCGACUUCGCCGCUGGUGUCAGCCGUGGCGUCGAUUGCGUCGUCGGUGACACCUGCCUUCGAGACGACGCAGUCUGCGACGCCGGUGCCCGUCGGUGGAGAAGCGGCAGCCGUGGACAUGCGCCGCCCGUCCAUCCUGAAGUUGCCUCUGCGACCCAAGGGUUGGGUGCCAGGCCUGCGGUACGGAGCUCAGAGUGGCACCACCGGGCUGCGCAAGUUUUCGACGGUCGAGUUCGGUCUGGCGCACCAGGUCGACAUCGUGGACGACGAGCACGAACAAGACCGAGAGGAAGAGGACCGCGAGCGCCCCGAAAACCUACUCCGUACGAGGUUCUCCGCCGACGUGCCGGUCAAGAGGCCGGACGCCGCCGCCGCCGCAGGACCUCGGGACUCCGGUGGACUGACGGACAAGGCGGCGGGGACGAGCCCGGCCACUUCGCCUUCGUCGCCGAUAACCAGCGAGAGCCGCACGGCGUCGCGCUGCAAAGCGCGGCGAUACAGCGUCGCCGUGUGCGUAGCGUCGCCGAGCGGCGUCGCGAUGACGGAAGCGGAGUUGGCGCAGCGAAGAGCGCUCGUCUCCGCCAGGCGCCAGUUCAGCAGCAGCGCAAGCAGCCUCGCUUCUGUGGCCAGUACCAAGGAAGACAAGCUGGCGACUCGUCUUAGGCUGCAGAUGUCUCAACGGACCGCGUUCAUGCUGUGCUGCUCGCUGGUUACCAUGACUGCCAGCCUGUCCAGCUCCCUGACAAUGGCCGCCAUGGACGCGCUCACUCAGCACGCCGUCGUCAAGCGGGGCGCGACGGGUCUGCUGACGUGGUUGCUGCUGACGACGCCCGCCUCCCUGGUGGCCACUGCAUUCUGCUGCGCUUCCCUGUACGUUCUCCACCUGCGAAAUCGGUACGCUGUUAAACAUACCACGCGUGUCGUUGUGUCGUUCCGUGGUGGAGCUGCCCUUUAA